AUGACCGUCAGCUACAGAAACAACCGGAUCGUCCCGGCCGUCAUCAUCGCCAUAUGUCUCCUCCUGACCGUUUGGCUGAUAGACCCUUCGGUCGAGGACCUCGGCAAGUCGGUCGCUCCCAAGGCGACGGAUAGCCACAAAGCUCAGACGGCCUACUAUUACGACCAGGAGGAGAUCCAGGAUGAGUCGACCGCGGAGGAUUACGCAUCGCGACAGAAACAGCAAGAAGAACAGCAACGAGAACAGGAGCAGAAGCUGAAACAGCAGCAGGAAGAAGAUGACUCGUCGGUCAACCAGACCUCUUCGUCCGAUAUGCUCCCGGACGACGACGACAUCCUGCUCAUCGUCAAGACGGGCGGCACGACCAUGUGGAAGCGGCUGCUGGUGCACUUGGCGACGACGCUGUCGGCCGAGCGCAUCUCGCCGUCCAGCAUAGCCAUCUACUCGGACAACGCCGAGACCAUCGGGAGCUUCACCGUCAUCGACUCCCUGGCCAACAUGUCGGCGGCGGUGCACAACUCGUCCGACUUCGACGUCUACCGCCAGCAGCCCGAGUACGCGGCCAACAACUACUACGUCGAGACCGCCGGCAUGGACGGCGACGAGUGGGGUCCCGUGGGCGGCUGGAUCAUCGACAAGUACAAGUUCCUGCCCCUCAUGCAGCACGCCGGCCGCAACUGGCCCCGCGCCAAGUGGUACGUCUACAUGGAGGACGACACCUACCUCUUCCUGCCCGCCGUCCGCAGCUACCUCGCCGGCUUCGACUGGCGCGAGAGGCACUACCUCGGGAGCUACGCCGCCAAGUCCGACGCCGUCUUCGCCCACGGCGGCGCCGGCUUCGCCCUCUCCCGCGGCGCCUGGGAGGCCUCGUUCGGCAAGAACCCCCGCAUGGCAGAGGACUACCACCAGUACGUCGUGGACCACUGCUGCGGUGACCAGGUCCUCGGCCUCGCGCUCCGCGACCACGGCGUCCGCUUCGGUGAGAACGGCGGCGACGGCAAGUUCACCUGGGGCUUCAACCCCCUCGUCCACUGGACCUUUGUCUUCAGCAGGAGCAACUGGUGUCAUCAUCUCAAGUCCUUUCACAAGGUCCACAGCCGUGAUGUAGCUCGGUACUAUGAGUUUGAGAAGUCUUGGGACUUUAGUAAACCCCUUCUGUACAGAGACUUCUUCAACCACAUGAUCCUGCCCAGCAUCCAGUCCGACGCAGAGUGGUGGGACAACACAGCCAGCCAGUACGAGGUAGCCUCGAGCACCAAAGAGUUGUCCCCCGCCCCCGAGGACGGAACCAAGUACGACGCCGACCUCUGGGCCGAUGCCUGGCAGUCCGUCGAGGCCUGCAAGGCCGCCUGUGACGGCUGGGAGGACUGUAUGAUGUGGUCCUUUGUCGAGGACCUUUGCAAGAUGGACAACAGGAUGAUCAUGGGUCAGGGUUUCGCCUCCUCCAUGUCUCAGCGCAAGACAUCUCUCAUGCAUACGAGCGGAUGGAUGCCAGAGAGGCUCGUAAACUGGGAGUGCUGA